AUGAAGGAAUCCGCAUCAAUACGCCAGCUGUGUUUCACUGCAGUCCUGUUCGGAGGAAUAAUCGUCGACUCGACAGGGCUAGAGUUCAUGGCAGCUCAGAACUCAUUCGCAUGGCUCCAGCUAACUCAGCCACUGGAGGGAAGCGAGGGGUCAGAGAGUGACAUGACUUUUGCAACCUCGGCAGUGAGCUCAGAACACUUUACAACACAACAUUCUAUGACCUCUGUAUUUGACUCGGAAUUUGAAUCAGACCUUUCAACGCCCGUAACGCCAUUUCCAACGGACGACACAAGAUCACAGACACUCAACUUCGCAGAAGCCCUUCAUCGUAUCCAAGUAGUGGAUCAUGGAGCAGAGGCAACCAGCUACAACGCUGAAACGCAGCCCCAGUACUGUUCUCUUGAUAUGCUUUCGAAUACAGGGCUUCCAUUGAGACAGAGAACCAUAAAUGAAGACGAAGUUUUCAUGCUCUUUGGUGCCUCAGAGACUUCCAGCUUUCAUGAACGGGACUCAACGGACAGUUUGUCAAGCAGAGAAGCGGCCAAGCCUUCUUCCACGUUGCUACUUACGUACGGAAAUGGCGGUCAUUUCGAACCACCCAAGUUAAUCGAACAAGAUCAACCGUCCUGGACGAAACAAUCCAUACCUCUAACUCCACCUGAGACGUGCAUCGGCGAUGAAGACGGGAGUCCUUGCAUCUCGGUGACUGAGACCGAUGAUUCCAGUGUAGAGGAUAUUGAAGAAAGAAAAGCCUUUGCUUGCCCGUAUCUCAGGCUCGAUGCAGUGCGCCAUAUCGACUGUUUAAGUCGCAGGCUCUAUCGCAUUCAAGAUGUGAAGCAGCAUCUUUCUCGCCGCCAUUAUACUAAGCGAGAUAGGACAAAAAACAUUUCUGACAAUAUAAAAGGAGUAAACACAAGGACUCAGAGAGUUCUGAAACUCCGCUUAGAUAGAAGAUUGUCACCAGAAAAGCAGUGGCAAGAGAUAUGGAAAACUCUGUUUGACCGGGCAUUGCCAAUUGAAGGGCCCUAUCUCGGGGACUCUAAGGAAGAAAUCGUUGGGAGUAUGAUUGCGAUAUGUAAGAAGGGAAGCAGCCGAGUUGUUCCAGGGAUAUUGAGAAGCCUAGGCCUUUCCAGCGAGAAAGGAAAAUCUGUUCAACAGUUGAUGGAAAAGCUUUUUAGUGGUUUUCAAGAAUUAUCAGAUGAGCGAUCGAACGACGGUGAUAUGGAGGAGACGGAGAAGCCUUCGACAUGCGGUGGCCUUGAUUCGAUACCACUGACACCAAAAGAUAUGGACUUUGAGUUUGACUUUAACCUACCACUACAGAGAUCACCCUUGCCGGAGAUUCAAAAUUCUUGCUCUGGUAUUGACAUGACGCAGAUACAGGAAUCCAACACGGUAAUAUCGACCGGAUUGCCAGAAUACGCCACUUUUGAGGAGAACGGCGAGGAGGACAUGUUGACGAGAUAUCUACCUACAAAGCUCCUGGAGGCAAAUGGCCAAGUGAACCCUCCCUGCACAGCUAGCAACAGUGAUUCGUACCCGACGUCACUGAAGGGCUCCAGGUGGGAGUAUGCAUGGGAAUGCGAUUACUGCGGCUUUGAAUACAUCUUUGAGCCCAGCGGAGCCGGCAGUGAUAUGAGGUGUUUCAAUUACCCAUGCCUAGGCCAGUUUCGCGGCAACUUUUGCUCAUUUUACAAGGUGCAUAUGUGA